AUGCAGCAGUACGUACGAAAUUGUGCCCUGUGCAAUGGCGGAAAAUCAGAACAUCAAAGAACUGAACAUUGUUUGUUGGAUCCCGACAUUAACCCUUACCGGAGAUUUGACGCGGAGCGACAAUGCGACUUCUGUAAAAGAGAUCAUGAGCCUCAUCAAUGCAAGGAAGCCAAGGCAAACGCUUGUGGUAACUGUGGUCAUGGAUGGCAUGACAAGCGUGAAUGUAUGCUAGACCAGAGUUUUGACUCUCAUCUUGAGCAAUUCACUCUCCCUAAAUACAAAACUGCAAGCCAGAUUCAAAAAGCUAGACCAGAGUCUCGGAGAGAAGAGUGUAGAGAUAAUUACAAUAAAAAAUUCAAGAAAGGACGCUACGCGCAGUCCCUGCCGUCUGCGACAUUGACAUCUACUCCUUCGGAAUCCGGCCCAUCUGAGACUGGUACUUCGGUAUCCCGUUCUAUAGAGUCUCAUCCUCUGGCACCUAGUCUCUCGGCACCUGGUCCCGUAGCAUCUGGCUCAACCAUAAGUUUGUCUGAAGCCAAUGCGAGUCUGCCAAGCCAAUCGAGUCAUCCACGUCAGAAAAGCCAGGCCUCGGGUCAAACCCAAAGUCAAACUCAAGUUCAAGCUCCUGCAGGUGGCAGUGAUGAUGCAGAGACAGGAGAGAAGGACGAAGCGACCAUCAGAAAGGAAAAUCGCGAAAAGUGGACAAGUGCAAGUCUUGAGCUCCCUGGAUACCCUCCAGAGAAUCAGAUUCCACCUAUUAGUAACAACAACCCUAACGCCAAAACGAACUUCUUUCAAGUUAGUAUUAAUCCCAACCCCGUCGAUCUCCGGAGAUACCGCAUCGAAUUUGGAAAGACACCCAGCUAUGACUCUGCGGGCAAAAUCACCCACAGAAAUGUAUUUAAGCCUGACGUGAAGCGAACAACGAUAGAUCAGAUGCUGACAGCAAAUCCUCCAACUGCGACCGUUUAUGCAACUGAUUAUUUCUGUUACAUAAUUUCGGUCGGAAGGCUUUACCACGAAUGUGGGGAUGAUCUAAAUAAUAUUAUCAACAAAAGUCAUUCAAUAGCUUCUGCGGAUUCGACUUUACCUGACUUGACCAUGACUAAUGGAAUUGUUUACGAAAGUAAUGUAAACCUUGCGGAAUUGCAACGUUUCGUGAACCGUGAUCCAGCAAGAAAUCCCAAUUACAAUCCUGGUGAGGAUCUUAAAUCUUUAAACAUCAUAUCUUGGCAAAGGAUACAUUUGAGUACCUUUCAGGGGGGUCGGUUAGGAAACAAGUUUUAUCCAGAUAGCAUGGGAAAUCACAACGUCGAUGUUGUACCCCCAGGUUUCAGUCCAGAAAGCCAGAAGUACCCACUCUGGAACCUUCGCUCGGGAUUUUUCAGUUCCAUGCGCCCUGGGAGCGGGUGCUUGCUUCUGAAUGUGAACUGCACAACCUCGGCAUUCUUUCCAGAUAUUAUCCUUGAGAAUUGGAUUUAUGCCAAAUUCGGAAAUGGAAUUCAGCCUACAGACGUGUUGAGGAUGUUGAGAGGAGUCAAAGUUACUUUCAUCGGAGAUUCUAAGCGAAAGAAGCGGGCUAUUUGUGGCAUAGAUCCUCUAACUGUCUCUCAAAAGAUGUUUACUCCGACAGGCGGAAAUCCCAUAUCCGUCUGGCAGCACAUGUCCAAUACAUAUCCUAAACACCAGCAAGACUGUUCUCAAAAUGCUUGGUGUGUCAAUGUAGGUAGUAGCAUUAACGGGGGUAUGAAAAUAUGGUACCCAGCAGAUAUGCUCAGAAUUUGCUUGUGGCAACCCGCUGGAAAAAAGGCCGGGGUAGAAAUCACACAACAAAUGCUGACGCAGGCAACGAAGACCCCUUAUGAAAACCAAAGGGCUCUUAUGGUCGAUUCCAAACCCCAUUUAGCCUUGGUGCCACCACCAGAAUGUUACGUGCCGUUUGGCAUUAGAGUUUCACCAGAUCUUUUGCUUCUUAGCAGAGUUCGCCAACUAGCUCCACCUGAAUUGAGGUUUCGAAACCCCAACCCUAAUAACCAAGAUCGUGUGCGAGGCGUGUAUCCAAACCUGGCAACUUGGGCCCUAACUAAAGUUGCAAUCAAAAGGCCCCAAGAUACGUUGAAAGGAUUUGACGUGGUUAGCAAUGUUUAUCCUAAGUUAUUUGUCAUCAACCUCACGCAGCAUCGCAAUGCAGUGACAUUCAUAGAAACUUUGAUGGGCCAGUUGAGAAAUUAUGGUUUCAGCGCGCAAACCUACAGUAUGGCGCCUGCCAUUAUAGAUGCAGGUCUAAAUGCAAUGACUUCUCAAUUGCGUCGCGCAAGUGUGACGACUAUAUUGAAUGCAGUAGUCACUAGAUGGGAACAACAAUUCAAUCUCACUGGUAUCCCACUGAUUAUUGUUUUGUUGCCUAAUUCAAAGAAGUCGAAUCCUCGUCUGUACUCGGAUGUCAAAUGGUGGGGUGACUGUGUCCGAGGCAUACCCACAGUGUGCAUCAGUGAGGAUGCUAUCAGAAAGGGAGCGAAGAAGCAAGGUGGAGACAUAAAGAUUGAUUUCAAUCUCAUGGCAAAUAUCGCUCUUAAAAUCAAUUUCAAACUGGGAGGCAGAAGUCAUCACGUACAGGAUCUCGGAGUCGAAAAUGGAACCAUGAUAAUGGGCGCUGAUGUUACACAUGUUGGAAAAGGUCAAGAUGAUGGCUGUCCAUCUCAAGCUGGCGUUGUUGCUACUCGGGAUCAACACCACAUUCACUAUUUGGCUUCAGCACGUCUACAGACGCACAAUACUGAGUUCAUCGAGGAUCUUGAGGGUAUGGUCGAAGAGCGCUUAGAGGCGUACUAUCAACGCAAUCGCCGCCUCCCAAAACAUAUAUUGUUCUACCGUGAUGGAGUUGGCGAAACUCAAUACGGAAUGGUGCUCAGAGAAGAACUUCCUCAAGUUCGUGUAGCGUGUAUGAGAAUGGCCACCAAAUAUGAUGGGAACUCGCCAUUGAUCACGCUUUUGGUAGUAGGAAAGCGUCAUCAUGCGAGAUUCUUCCCUGAAAUUCCGUUGAAUGCACCAGCUAAUGGCAGAAAUCUCAUCGCCGGCACAGUAGUCGACCGAAACGUCAAUGAUCCUAAUCGUACAAACUUCUAUCUACAGAGUCACGAUAGCGCAUUAGGAACCGCGAGAACGGGUCAUUACGUGGUAAUUGUCGAUGAGUCUGCAUAUGGGCUUGACAGAUUGGAGCGUGUUACGAACAAUAUCUGCUAUACGGGAUCUCGCGCUACGAAGGGUCUCUCGGUCUGUACACCAGCGAAAUAUGCAGAUAUCUUGUGCACACGCCUCCGCUGUUACAUGUAUCCUGCUUUGCACAGAGAAAUGGGAACUACUCUAACUAAUGCGACGGUCACUCAGUAUCGACAGAAUGCCACAAUCUGGAACAGUACCGCUGGUAAUCCAUGGCAUCCUAAUGUCAAAAACAUAAUGUUUUAUCUUUAA